CUGCAUCCUCGCCACACAUCGCCAUGGCCGAGCCCGCGCCGGCCGAUCUGCGCGAGCUGCUUCCGGAGAUGUUGGGCGAGCCGCCCUUCAGGGAGAUCAGCAUCAGGCAUGAAGAAAAGGACUAUGCCAUGUGGGUGGGACAGGACGUUCACGCUCAGGACGCGCUCUGCGUGCUACAGCGGAUCUUUGGUGCAGUGAAGUUGCUGGACGGAGAUGGCGUGGCGCUGGCGCCCAGCGCCGCGGUUCCAGACUCGCUGCAGGCGACAGCGGCGACAGCGGCGACAGCGGCGACAGCGCAGGGAGCUGACCCAUCGGCGCCGUUGGUGAGGAGCUGCAGCGUCAGCGUGAGCUCCGGGCGCGCGGAAAGCGCGGCGCGGCCGGCCUUGAGCGACCUGCUGCAGUUGAGCACCACAGGCACGUCCAGUGCGCAUGUGCAUGCAGGGCUUUGCACGGCCUACGGACCGAGGAUCUCGAACCAAGACUCGUCCAUUUGCUCUGCAGACUGGAGCGGUGCCUCCUCUGGUUGUGUCGCCGGCCUCUUCGCUGUGUGCGAUGGACAUGGAGGCGCCACCAUCAGCGAGGCGCUGCCCCCGUUGCUACCGAAGACCUUGGCCACAGCCAUGGGCGCCAUCGGCGAUGCUGGGUCGGCGGUGGCCUCCGCGCUGGCGGAGGCGGUGGAGGCGGCCUUUGUUGAGGCGGACGAGGAGCUGCGCCGCAGCUUGGAGCUUUCCGCUGCGGAGCGCUGCGGCUCUACCUGCGCGAUGUGCAUAACUUUGCCACAAGGGGGCGGACUCUAUCGGGUGAUCCUGGCAAAUCUGGGAGAUAGUCGCGCCUUGCUCUAUCGACCUCGAGGGGAUUUGGAACAUUUAGUUUCCACGAGGGAUCACAAACCCGACGUCCCGUCUGAGAAGAAACGCAUCCGAGCGGCAGGUGGCUAUGUGGUCCCUGGCGACGAUGCCCAGCCGGCGCGAGUCGAUGCGGUGCUGGCCACGAGUCGAGCCUUUGGCAACUUUCGCUUCAAAGAUGCGGCGCAGACGCCAGGGACGAGGAAGGUGAUUUCGGUCCCCGACGUCUCCGUCUUCGAGGCCCAAGCGGGUGACGUGCUUGUGCCACUUGGCACCAACGGCGCCACGGGGUAACGGUGGGAAACGUGGGGAAAG